AGCGCGGUUCAUUGAAAUGGAGGAUACGAGGCAGUUAAGAGAUGCGUUUGAUGCCGCGAAUGAAUUCCUCUAUCCAGUUCUAAACAAAGAGCGGAUACAGAAUUUUCGAGGCGAUUCUCUCAUCGAUAUUUUGGAUCGAACACUGCCCGCCGAUUAUUGUCAUGAUGAUACGCCAAGAUCUCGCGUUGUACAGCGAACACUGGCUUUACUCAGUAGCAUCCACGAUGCUUUUGUGGCAGAAUCAACCGACCCGGUCCCCGCUAAGCGGGUGCUAGGGAAACAGCAAGACCAGGCUCUAGAGGAUGCGAAACGACGCCGGGCUCUCCAUGCCCUGCUUGACCUCCUUUCGUUUGAGGGUAUAUAUCCUUCUUUGUCCAGUGGAGUUGGCAUCCCGCUAGAGAAGCGUGUCAUUUCCGUCCUUCCCGCCGGUGUCAUAGCAAAGAAUGCAACAAAAGCAAGUGAUUCAACACCACAGUAUACUCGCAUUUUAGACUGUAUUAUAGGAUCCUUGAGUCAUAUUCUCCAAGAUGCGCGCCCGUCAAUCCAACCUAUUAUCCUUGGACGGAUUUUGCCUGACUUAGUUUGUGGGACUGCCGAAUUAGCUUUCAACUCGAAAGAUCUACCGUCACAUAAAAUCGAUUCAUACAAGAGAUUGUUGAAUGAUAUCAUUGACAAAUGUUCCACGCCAUCGCUGUUGCCGGUGCUAUCAUCCCUGCUCCAAGAAAGUACAGCACCUUGGUUUAAGGCCUGCAUCUCUUCACAGCUUUCCCAAAUACCAUUGCGAAAAGAUGGUGUGUUUCAAAUAAUUUUAUUUCUUGCUUCUCAAUUUGCACCAACACUGGGUCAAAGCACCAAAGACCCUUCCGCUGGAGGGCCACCGAUUACGGUCCAGGCAAUCAUGCAGUCCUCCCGGUUGCUAUCAUUGGUACCGCAAGGCAGCACCCCUGAGGAAUAUUUUAGCAACGUUGCACCCAAACUGCUAGCUCUACUUGAUGGAGAAGACCCUGAUAUGAAGAAAACGUCCUCUUAUGUAAUCGGGAAUGGCAUUCUUGGAAAACGAGCAUAUGGCUCUCCUGGGGCCAUUGGCUUUAUCAUUUUCGCCCAGCCCAUCCUUGACACGUUCCAUGGCAAAAUCUCCCAGCCUGUCACAACUUGGAUGAGACCAUUCUCCCUGGAUGGCUCUGCUGAUCCAGAGAUAAAGACCGGGGAUUUUGACGGCAUCAUCAUUGUUCCUGAGUGCAAGCUACUGUUAGCAUUAGAAAGACUGACCGCCUUGGCGACAUUACAUCCAAGUCCCGGCCUUCUCAAACGAUUAGUCAACCCAGCCUUGUUGCCUCUUUGGGGAUUACAAUGCUACGCCAAAGAGCACCAGAAGCGCUCACUAGAAGAGAAGGUGAGCACUUUACUACAAAUGUUUUUUAGCGUAUCCGCUAGCAUUACGAGGCUGGUCAAGCUUGCGGAUAACAUUCUUUGGGAUGGCCCAGAAGCCUGGGUCUAUGGGGCCGGCGAAGAAGGUGGUGUUUCGAUUCGGAAACGUGAAAAUCGUGAGCCGUGUGGGCCUAAUAUCCUCUCGAUAAUCCAAAAUCUAGAUGGACGUGUCGAUAGUUUUCUACAGCUGUUAGCUGCAGAUCCACAAAAAGAAGAAUUUGUGGGCGAUGUCUUCCUUCAUGUAAGCCGACAAUGGCUGUUUAGUGAAUCAAUGGGUGAGGAUGGAGGUUGUCCUCAGCCACACAGGGAACAAGACAAAUUGCAGCCCGAGUUACGAAAACUGGUCAGCGCGAAAAUUGCGGAGAAGCUCUUGGAUCAGUUCAAGGAAUCUCUAUCUCGCCAUCCUAUCAAGGUUCUGGAACUUAUAAGACAGCUAAUCGAAAGUGAAAAGAAUCGCGCUAGCACGCUCAGGACAAACGCUCAAGGCAGUGAGAGCAUAUCUCUCCAGGCACUUGGGAGUAUUGUAGAGGCAGAAUCAGCUGUGGGUAGCGAUCCGGACUCCAAUAUCACCGGAGUUUCCGAAUCUCUAUCACCGGCAUUCAGUCUCCUCUCGACAAUCCUCGCUUCUCCCGACUUUCAAGUAUCGGAUUCAAUAUCCCUAAUUCUUAGAAACUUGAAGUUCGACAUAGAUUAUCUUCUACCGCGACUCCCAUCCGCCCUUGUACAACCCGCAACCACAUCUUCUAUGCUCCUCGAAAUCACCCUUUCCGACCCCGAUCAACGCCAGACAAAACCAACACUUACUUUUCCUGGCAUCUCUGAUCUUGAAAGCCACCGCCAGGCGAUAAAUAAUAUCUUUUCCCCGUUGGCCCCUGUUCAAGCCGAAGGUCUCUCAACGCUAUCUCAGCUAAUUGACAAAGCGUCUCCCGUCCUGGAUAUUCCUGCAACUCUCACGCUUCUUCUUUCCGUAUUAACAGCUAGCGAUGAGUCUGCUGCUACCGACGAGUUUCUUUAUCUCAAUGUGAUCAAACUCAUCGGAUCCCUGGCGUCCAAGCACCCACGUACUGUGAUAAAAACCCUCGCCGAGCGUUAUGCUGAUCGCAGCGAGGAGUCGACCCUCGACCAGCGACUCAAAAUCGGCGAAGCACUCCUCAGAACAAUUCAAAAUCUAGGGGGUGCAUUAGUAGGAGAUGCUGCCAGGGUCCUCGGAGAUGUCAUGAUCGAGGUGGCCAGCAGGAGGGGAAUUAAGCUCAAAGCGAAGGAUCAACGGGGAAAAGGCAUAAAGAAGAGCCCACCGGCGAAAAACAGUGAAGAAUUGAAUCAAAACAUCACGAAGCUUAUGAACCAAAUUAACGAAGAUGUGGAUUCUGAAACGGAAGAUCCAGUUAAAGAAGCCUAUUUUAGCAGAAUUAUCCACGCAUGGGAGGCUGGGGCUACAACAGAUACUGCCCCAGAUGAUCUACGUGCCCGUGCUUCCGCGAUAUCAAUCCUCGCAUCUGCGAUCCAGACAAACCUAGCCGGUCUAGGUCCAGCAUUAGCAUCUUCCUCAAUAGAUCUCGCGAUAUCCACUCUCACCCUCGAAUCCGAUGAAGGAAGCGCAAUUCUACGACGUGCAGCAGUAAUAUUGCUGCUUGACUUGAUUAAAGCCCUUGACGAAGCUAGAGAGUCGGGGAAGGAUCUCGGCUUCGGCCUAUCGGUAACUGCAACAUCAUCCUCUAUAUAUCCCGCCAGUCACCAAUCCGGAUCCGAACGUACUACAAUCGGCAAUGUUCCCGAUAUCCUCCGCGCGCUGAACUUCGUUGAAAGCAGAGAGACUGAUACGAUUGUACGUGGUCAUUUACGAGCUCUAAUCGAGAGUUUGGAGGCCUGGCUCGAAAAGUCGCUACUUUGGGGAAUUCGCACUCAACAGAGCCUGAUGGAACAGCCCAGGUUUGAAUUGGGGGAUCGGCUGGCAGGGUUAGAUAUCCACCCUUUGUCCAGUACAGAAAAAUAUGGGAGAACAGGAGAACAUCCCAGAAUUGAGGAGAUUGAGUAGGCUAGAAUAAAUAAGUGAAAAAUAUCAAAGGGAGUAACUGUGCUUUUGUGCAGCAAAGAAUUGGCUACCUUCAUAAUACCAAUGGCUUCGUUAAAAUUAUGUUCAAAAGGAUAAUAUCUUAAAUUUCAUAUAUCUAGCACUAACCACUAGUUAAUUACCCUUUUGAAUACCACAUUUUUUGGGGG